AUGAAGACCGAAGAAGAAGCUGUCAAAUAUUUUGAAAUGUUAGCUCGUGUUAUUCCCAGAACAGAUGGAAAGGAUAGAGAAGAAUUGGUUAAAAAAUGCCUAAUAUAUACUGCCGAUAAGAUUCGUCAGCAUGAUCCUUAUUUUUUUAAAUAUUAUAUCUUUAAAAAUGAAGAUCAAUUAUUUGAAGAAUUAUUGCAUGAAGCCGAGAAUGCUAUUAAGGUUUCAGAAAUUACGAAUGAUGAUAGUGCUAUUGAUUUAAUUAAUAAAAUUAUUAGAGUUGAAUAUGAUUCAAUUAAAACACCUAUUACGAUUAAAGAAGCUUUAAAUUGUUUGAAGUUGCGUGACCGAGCAUUUUUUACUCAAGAAAUUCGAGAAAUUAAUGAUUAUGAUUGCUCAAAUUAUAAUGGAACUGAAUUUGCAAUUAAGCGUAAUGAUAAUUCAAAGAAUUAUAUUCAAUUGAAAAAUUUUAAUAUAAUUCAAAAUGUUGUUAAAUGGCUUAAUUUUGAAUUCGAAAAUCGAAAAACUCCUCAUUUUGAACCAUCCACUUUAGAAUCUAUUCGAGUUGGAAUUGGAAUUAAAGUUUGUUUAAAAGAUUUUAGACUACUCAAUGGAUUAAAAGUCAAAAUUCGAGACUUUAUUGAUCAUAGAAAUAAUAACUAUGAUAUCAUUUUAUUCCAAUUCAGUAAUUUUCUGUUUUAUUAUUUGAAAAAUAUUUUUGAAUAUGCUAUUGAAAAACAAAUCAAAAGUGGGUACGAUAUAGAUUUUGAUCACUCUAAGACUGAUGAUGCAACCAAUAUAAAAUGGGUUGGAUAUGCAUGUCGAGAUAAAUAUCCUAAAGAUACCAAUCACAGCAGGAAAAGACCAGUUUUGAUCAACGAGGAUGGAGUAUAUUCAAUUACUAAUAAUUAUGCUUUUAAAUUUGAUAGUGAUCAUAUUAAAGAUAUUAACGAAAAGAAAAUUUUGAUAAUUACUGAUGCAAAUUAUCCUUUUAUUAGUGAUUUUAAAGCAUUUAAAUUUGGUGUUUUGUUUUAUGAUUUUAAAAAUCCUUUUGAUCUCUUUUUAAAUCAUGUUAUGGAUAAAUUAAAUAAGAGUGAAUAG